AUGGGGCUUCUCAGUAUAAUUCGGAAAAUCAAGCGUAAAGAGAAGGAAAUGCGGAUUCUCAUGACGGAUGGAUUGGUUUGGGUUGUUGAUAGUUCGGAUCUUAGAAGGCUAGAUGACUGCAAAUAUGAGUUGCACAAUCUUUUGAAAGAAGAGCGGUUAUCAGGAGCAUCAUUACUGAUUUUUGCGAAUAAGCAGGAUAUACAAGGUUCUUUUUCUCCAGAUGAAAUUGCUAAAGUUCUCGACUUGGAAGCAAUGGAUAAUAGCCGACACUGGCGGAUUGUGGGAUGUAGUGCUUAUACCGGAGAGGGUUUACUUGAAGGAUUUGAUUGGUUGGUUCAAGAUAUCGCCUCCCGUUUUGGGGUGCUUGACCAGCAGAUGGAAUGGUCUGACACUGACGUUUCCAUAAUGGGUAUAUUCUUGAUGACAGUGAAUAGCCCAAAUUUAGAAGUAAUAAACAAUGAUGUUUGGUCCAUUGAAGUUUCCAACAUAAGCCUUGGGCUUGACAAUGAUAUUGGGCUCUUGGAUCUCUAG